AUGGAGAGAAAAUAUAUCACACACCAGAAGGUUCACAAUGGAGAGAAGUCAUAUCAUUGUUCUGAAUGUGACAAAACUUUUACAUGCAAGAAAGACCUUAUAGUACACCAAAGAGUUCACACUGGAGAGAAGCCAUAUCAGUGUUCUGAAUGUGAUAAAGCUUUUACACAGAAGUCACAUCUUAUCAGACACCAGAUUGUUCACACUGGAGAGAAACCAUAUCAGUGUUCUGAAUGUGAUAAAGCUUUUACACAGAAGUCAAGUCUUAUCACACACCAGAGGAUUCACACUGGAGAGAAGCCAUAUCAGUGUUCUGAAUGUGAUAAAGCUUUUAAAACAGAGUCAGCUUAUAAUACACCACCAGAGAUUCACACUGGAGAGAAGCCAUAUCAGUGUUCUGAAUGUGAUAAAGCUUUUACAAGGAAGUCACAUCUUAUCACACACCAGAUGAUUCACACUGGAGAGAAGCCAUAUCAGUGUUCUGAAUGUGAUAAAACUUUUACAACCAAGUCACAUCUUAUCACACACCAGAGGAUUCACACUGGAGAGAAGCCAUAUCAGUGUUCUGAAUGUGAUAAAGCUUUUACAAGGAAGUCACAUCUUAUCAGACACCAGAUGAUUCACACUGGAGAGAAACCAUAUCAGUGUUCUGAAUGUGAUAAAGCUUUUACACAUAAGUCAAAUCUUAUCAGACACCAGAGGAUUCACACUGGAGAGAAGCCAUUUUAA